UAAUUUACUCUGUCAAGAGAAGGCAACCCUGCCCGAAAUCUCUCAUCUUUGUAUUUCUUUUUUGACUUUUUGUAUGAGUAGAAAAUAGCAAAAAAUAAAAGACUGUGCUUAUUUUGAUCUUGUAUCGUUGUCAUUUAAUUCUUACUAUUGGAUAAAAUGCCUUCUAAACAAAGAAAAAUUGCCAUGAUGGGCUACAGAUCCGUUGGGAAAUCAUCGCUAAUUAUUCAGUUUGUUGAGGGGCAAUUCGUCGAUUCUUAUGAUCCCACCAUCGAAAACACCUUUACCAAGUACAUAAGAUUGAAUUCAACGGAAUAUGAAGUGAAGCUUGUAGACACCGCUGGUCAAGAUGAGUACAGCAUAUUUCCCCCUCAGUACAGCAUGGACUUCCAUGGCUAUGUGUUGGUAUACUCCAUCACCUCUAGUAAGAGUUUCCAGAUAGUACAAAUCAUUUAUGAUAAACUACUGGACAUGGUUGGAAAAAUUCACGUACCCAUAGUACUUGUUGGCAAUAAAACUGAUUUACAUAUGGAGAGAAAGAUAAGUACUGAGGAGGGAAAGAGACUUGCUGAGAAAUGGAAGGCAGCCUUCAUUGAAACUAGUGCAAAGCAAAAUGAAUCAGUGACAGACUUGUUCCACGCAAUGCUGCUAGAAAUUGAGAGAUCCGAUGGAAAUAUUCAAGAGAAAAAUGGAUGUGUUGUCUCAUAAAGGAACCAGGUAGAUAAGUUCACUAUUUAGCUUAAAUGAAUAGAUCUAAUUUUGUAAUGGUGAUAACAAUAAUUUGCACAACAUCUUUCAUAGCAUUAUCUUGCAAUGAACAAACCACAUUUUAGAAUACGCCAAUUGGUUUUGUAGAUAAGUAAUAAAAAUAUAUAGCUUGUAUAUACUUAUAGAUAUUCACCCAAAUAUUUUAAUGAAUGAAACUACUUAACAACAAAAAAAACAUGUAUUGUGUUCACUUAAGAUUUAUAAAGCACCUUAGACAUUACAAAUUCAUAUAAAUAAGUGAGGAGUUAACUGAAUGAAGUCAGGACAGUUUACAAUGAACCAGUAAGGCAGGUGUGUUUGUAUAUGUUUAAAUAUGUCUCAGUGAAUUCUUUGGAUACCUAUAUUUCAUAAAACUGAGUAGGUACUGUUUAUUUAUGCAAAAAAAAACAUUUAAUUUGCACUCUAAAAAUCAUGCAAAAUAUGAUCCUGAUAAGAGUGUAGAAAUGGUCAGUGUAGUUAAGUCAUAACAUAAGCAAGACUACAUUUUUCUGAAAGAUGUAAUGAAAAUUCAUCCAUUCAUCAUAUAUCCAAAGAAUAUCUUACAAAUAUAAUUUUUCAAUACUGUUUUUUUAAGUAUGUAAAUAUUUUAUUUUACUAAGUGUAAAUACAGAUUCAAGGAAGUUGAGUAGUACAUGGAACUUCAAUAGCAUAAAAAUGUGUUCAAGUGAGUUGCCUGGUGUAUCGUUAGUCUGUUCUGCAAUUAAUGAAAGGUUACAAGGUAGAGACAUUUAGCAAUACACAAUAAUAAUUUGUAAUGUAUGUAGUUAUAGCUUCUGGAAUAAAAAUAUUUAAAGUUACAUAGUUUUGUAAACAGCAACAAUAGAAUUAGUUCAAUUUUAGUUUUCAUGUGACUGUAUCAGAGGAGGUUAACUAAUCAUUGUACAUUUAGGUUUUCUCCUAUUUGGGUGUGUUUCUUGAUUAUCAUGAUGCUAUCUUUUUAUCGAUAUGGUAUUCUUUUCUGGUGGUUUGAGCGAUGGGUUUAUUCAUUAAUGUUUGCCACUCUAUGUCGCGCUAACAAUAGUUUAUUUUGUAAAUGCACUCAGUAACCAGAAUUUUGUAUUAUGACUUAAGUAUACUCUAUUUUCAACUGACUUCAAAAAAAAGGAAGAGGUUCCGAAUUCGUCUGUAUUUAUGUUUUUUUAAACUGCUAUAAAAGUUAGUUAGGAUUGCAUUUAAAAAUACAAACACUGGGUGUACAAACUGGAUUAAAAAUACUUGAAUAAGAUUUAUAAAACUUUGUUCAGACCAGACUGAUAUCGCGCUCGGCUGUCGUGCGACAUCGCGGACUCACUCGGUAUCACUAGACAGCGAUAGCGAAAUCACUUAUGUAUGAACAGAGUGGUGUAAGUAUAUGUAAUUAAUAAUAAGAAUAAUUAGUUUAAGCUUGAUGUAAGAGAUGCAUGUGAUUUUUCUAAGUUUUAUUGCAAGCUUUUUCGGUUACUGUUAUUUUUCUUCAUAAGUAUAGAUUAUAUUAUUUUUCCUUGUUUAUGAUGGCAUUAUAUUUAAUAAAUGAACUGUUGCACAUUUGAUUUUUGGUACUUUUAGUAUAAAAUCUAAUUACGUAACCUAAGUACGUUGUUUUUGGUCAUAUAAAUUUAAUUAUAUCUUACUUUUUUCAUAAUUUUAAAUAUGUAUGUACAUGAUAUCCGGUUCUUGGUGCUGUGCUUUGCCAUAAAUAUGAUAUGACAACCAUUUUAUGUUCGUAAUCUUUAACCGAUCAAUCAAAGACUUUUGUUAAAAGCUGGCUACUGUCAGUACCUAAAUGUCUAACUUAUGUAUGAAUAACGCAAUACAAAUCUGUAUAUUAUUUAUAAAGUUUUGUGUACGUAACAGACAGUAUAAUGUAUAUAAUUAUAUACUUAAAUAAAUGAAAAGUUGUGAUGUUAUGGGUUUUAUUAGGAAAGCAGCAACAUUUUUUAAAAAUAGUAGAGUGGUCAGUUAUGAUUUAAUUAGAUAAGUAUAAUACUGAAACUCGUAUAAGUUCAGAUUUCAGUAUUUUUUAAACUACUUCCAUAUCCGGAGAAUUUCACAAGAUCCGAGGAGUUAUUUCUACAAUUAAGUACCUAUUUACAUAACAUAAACCCUCAGCCCUCACUUAAACUAGUAUAUACAGUACUAGUGCAUUUCUCUAUAUUUUUAUUGAACACUAAGCCUCCACAUUUGAUGUCAUCAUUUAGCCUAUACCUACAUUACUAGUCCUGAUCACAAUAUUAUUCUCCCAAGAAACGAUAUGUAUAUGUACCUAGUACCUACUGUAAAUAUGAUGAUUGAUGAACCCGUUAUAAUGUGAAGCAAUGCAAUGGCAUAUCUAAAGCUUAAGUACGUCGCUACUGUUGCUAAUCAAUAUUAUUCGUAAAUCAAUGCUGCUGAUCAAUAAAAUUCGUAAAUAACA